AUGGCGACUUGUGGGCCACGCACCGCGGACGCAUUUCUGCAAGACGGCUCGGACGCCUUCCAUGCGACAUUGGCGGCGCAGCUCGAAGCGUCGCUCGGCAAGACACUGCCGCAGCUCGAGAUUCGCUUCCAGGACCUUGCGAUCGCCGCCGACGUCAUCGUCGCGACCAAGGACGGCCACGAGCUCCCGACCUUGUUGAACGACGUCAAGAAGGGUGUGUUGGGUCUCUUUAGCGCCAAGCGCUCGAUCCGCAAGGACAUUCUGCACCCGAUGACCGGCGUCUUCAAGCCGCGCACGACGACACUCGUGCUCGGUCAACCUGGCUCGGGCAAGUCGUCGCUCAUGAAGCUCCUCUCGGGUCGCUUCCCGAUGCAAAAGAACAUUUCGGUGGGUGGUCACGUCACGUACAACGGCGCGGCGUCCGAGGUCGUCGGCAACAAGCUGCCGCAGUUUGCGUCGUACGUGAGCCAGCGCGACUUCAACUACCCGACCUUGACCGUCAAGGAGACGCUGGCCUUUGCCCACGCGUGCAGCGGUGGCGCGGCCGUGCCUCCCCGCGUCCUCGACUCGCUCGUGCAUGGCUCGCCGGAAGAGAACGCGCAGGCGAAAGCUGUGAUCCAGUCCUUGUACCACGUCUACCCGGACAUUAUCACGCGCCAGAUGGGUCUCAAGAUCUGCGAAGACACGAUCGUCGGCAAUGGCAUGCUCCGCGGUGUCUCGGGCGGUGAGCGCAAACGCGUCACAGUCGGUGAGAUGGAGUUUGGCAUGAAGCAGGUGUCGUUCAUGGACGAGAUCAGCACGGGUCUCGACUCGGCGGCGACGUUCGACAUUGUCAAGGCACAGAAAGGCAUGGCCGCGUCGCUCAAGAAGACGAUUGUGAUUGCGCUGCUGCAGCCGUCGCCCGAAGUCUACAACCUCUUCGACGACGUCCUCCUCCUCAACGAAGGCCACGUCAUGUACCACGGUCCACGCGCCUUGUGUUUGCAGUAUUUCGAGUCGCUCGGCUUCAAGUGCCCGUUGCACCGCGACGUAGCCGACUUUCUCCUCGACCUCGGUACGCCCGAGCAAGACCAGUACCUCGUGUCCAACAGCGUGUACGCGCGCACGCCGCGCCUCCCGAGCGAGUACGCGGAGCUCUUCAAGAAGUCACCGGUCUACGCAUCAAUGGUGGCGCACCUGGCGACGCCGACGGACCCGGAGCUGGUCAACGACGCCACCUCCCACCUCGCGGCGCUGCCAGCGUAUUACUUGACGUUUGGCGCCGGCACGUGGCAGCUCUUCCAGCGUCAAGCCAAGGUCUUUUUGCGGAACCGAGAAUUUCUGUGGAGCCGCGCCAUCAUGAUCGUCGUCAUGAGUCUCUUGUACUCGUCCAACUACUACGACGUGGCGCCGGACGAGGUCGUGACGGUGCUCGGUGUCAUCUUUGUCGCCGUCCUCUUCCUCGCCCUCGGUCAGUUUCCGAUGCUCCCCUCGGUCCUCGAAGCGCGCGACAUCUUUUACAAGCAGGAGCGCGCCCAGUUCUUCACAACGUCGUCGUUUCUCGUAGCCCACGCGCUCACGCAGCUGCCGCUGUGCUUCCUGGAGACCCUCGUGUUUGGCUCGGUCAUGUACUGGAUCACGGGCUUUGUCUCGGACGUGUGGGCGUUCCUUAUCUACGUGCUACACCUGUUUCUGGUCAACGUUGCCUUCUCGACGUGGUUCUUCUUCAUGGGCGUUGUCUCGCCCGACUUGAACGUCGCGCAGCCGCUCUCGAUGAUGACGAUCUUGGUGUACGUCAUUUUCGCGGGCUUCGUCAUGGCGUCGUCCGACAUGCCCGACUACUUUAUCUGGCUCUACUGGAUCGACCCACUCAGCUGGUGCAUCCGCGCUUUGGCCAUCAAUCAGUACUCGGCGUCCGAGUUCCAAGUCCCAGUCUACAACCACAUUGAGUACAAGCAGCUCAAAGGCGAUACGUUUGGUAACGUCAUGCUUCAGACUUUUGGCCUCAAGACCGACCGCGUCUGGAUCUGGUAUGGCGUCGUGUACCUGGUCUGCUGCUACUUUGUGUUCCUCGGUCUCUCGUACUUCGCGCUACGCUACAUUCGAUUUGAUGCGAUGCCUGCGACGGCUGUCGUCGACGCCACCGGCGACGAUGCGUACGUUGAGGCGCCCAAGACGCCAGCCCACUCGGUUGCCAUCGCCGUCUCGACACGAACAAUUGCGCCCGUGACACUGGCCUUCCAAGACCUCUGGUACUCGGUGCCCAACCCGACCAAGGGUGAGCCCGACCUCCAGCUGCUCAAGGGCAUCAACGGCUACGCUCUUCCCGGUACGAUCACGGCGCUCAUGGGUUCGUCCGGCGCGGGCAAGACCACCUUGAUGGACGUCAUUGCCGGUCGCAAGACGGGUGGCAAGAUCGAAGGCAACAUCCUCUUGAACGGGUACCCGGCCACGGACCUCGCGAUUCGGCGGUCGACGGGCUACUGCGAGCAGAUGGACAUCCACAGCGAGAGCGCGACGUUCCGCGAGGCGUUCCAGUUCAGCGCGAUGCUCCGCCAGUCGGACGACAUCCCGACCGAAGAGAAGAUGGCGUUUGCGGAAGAGUGCUUGGAGCUCCUUGACAUGAAGGCCCUCGGCGACAAGAUCAUUCGUGGCGCCUCGGUCGAGCAGAUGAAGCGCCUGACGAUCGGUGUCGAGCUCGCAGCGGCGCCGUCCGUGCUCUUCCUCGAUGAACCGACGUCCGGUCUUGACGCUCGCUCGGCCAAGAUCAUCAUGACGGGCAUCCGCAAGAUCGCGUCGACGGGCCGCACGGUCGUCUGCACGAUCCACCAGCCGUCAACCGAGGUGUUUGAGAUGUUUGACUCGCUCCUCCUCCUCAAGCGCGGUGGCGAGACCGUCUUCUUUGGCGACCUCGGCGCGAAAGCGAGCCACUUGAUCGAGUACUUUACGUCGAUUCCCGACACGCCGGUGCUCUCGGACGACGCCAACCCCGCGACGUGGAUGCUCGAAGUCAUCGGCGCCGGCGUCGAGGCCAAGAACGCGCACCCGAAGGACUAUGUCGAGAUCUUCAACGCAUCGGAGGAGCGCCGGUUGCUGGCCGAGGCGCUUGCGAUCCACGCCAACGUCCAUCCGUCGUUGCCCGAGCUCACGUUUGCCAACAAGCGCGCGGCGUCGUCCAUGACGCAGUUUACGAUGGUGACGCAGCGCUUCUUCCGCAUGUACUGGCGCACGCCGUCGUACAACAACACGCGCAUCUUCAUCUCGGUCUUCCUCGCCGUCCUCUUUGGUUUGGUCUACCGCGGCGUCGACUACACGACGUUCUCGGGCGCGACCGGCGGCGUCGGCAUGAUCUUCCUCACGUCCUUCUUCCUCAGCCUCAUUUCCUUUGCAAGUGUAAUUCCGCUUGCGGGCAAGGAGCGUGCGUCGUUCUACCGCGAGCGCGCGUCGCAGACGUACAACGCACUCUGGUACUUUGUCGCAUCGACGCUCGCCGAGAUCCCGUACGUGUUUCUUUCGACCUUUGCGUUUACGAUCAUCUACUACCCGUUCGUCGGACUCAACGAGUCGGUGAGCGCGUGCGUCUACUACGGCUUCAACCUCUCGCUCAUGGUCUUGAUGAACGUCUACAUGGGCCAGUUGAUGGCGUACGCGAUGCCGUCGAUCGAGGUCGCGACGCUUUCCGGAAUCCUCUUCAACUCGAUUUUUGUCUUGUUUGUGGGCUAUACGCCACCGGCAUCCCAGAUCCCAUCGGGCUAUCACUGGCUGUACACGAUCACGCCGCUGCGGUACUCGGUGUCGAUCCUCACGGCGCAGACAUUCUCCAAGUGCAAUGACGGCAGCGGGCUCGGGUGCGAGGCCAUGAAGAAUGUGCCGCCGAGUGUUCUCGCGAGCGUUGGCGCGCCCAGCAUCAGCGUCAAGGCGUACAUUGAGCUGACGUACAAGAUGUACUACGACGACGCACUCCGGGACAUCCUCGUCGUACUUGGCUGCAUUGUCCUCUUCCGCGUCCUAGCCCUCGUCUCGCUACGCUACGUCAACCACACCAAGCGAUAA